AUGCUUGACAUUGCGGACUUUGUCCAUGGAGCCACUCCAGAGAAAAUCACGGAAAACCAAGAGAGAUUAAAGGAGAACCAACGGCGUCGCGGCGCACCAGUGGAAGCCAUAGACGAGGUCAUUGCCUUGUUCAAGCUCGCCCGUGAAGGCGAGAAGAUCAAUAAGGUCCAGAAGGAAAUUGGGAAGAAGAAAAAGAACAAAGAAGAUGCGGCUGAUCUGAUCGCGGAGAAGACGGAGCUGGAGAAGCAAAAGAAAGACGCCGAUGCAGCGGCCACAGAGAAGGAGUUGUUGAGAGACCAGAAACUUGCAUCGAUUGGCAAUUACGUCCACGAAGACGUCCCUACGAGUCAAGAUGAGGCGGAUAACGCUAUUCUCUCGACAUGGGCGCCAGAAUGGUUCAAGGAAGAAAAACCCGCCUACUGCCUCUCACAUGACGAUGUGCUUCACCGGUUGGAUGGUUUUGACCAGAAACGAGGCACUAAAAUCUUUGGACACCGGGGAUACUGUCUUGUCAACUAUGGCCUGCUCCUAAACCUUGCUCUGGUGAACUACGGACUAGAGUUUCUGUUCAGAAAGAAAUACACACUCAACCAGCCCCCUUAUUUCAUGCUGAAGAAGUUUAUGGCGAAGACUGCCCAGCUUGAGCAGUUUGAUGAAGAGCUUUAUAAGGUUACUGAAAACGAGGAUAAAGCAUCGGAAAGAUAUUUGAUUGCAACUUCUGAGCAGCCCUUGUCUGCUUUACAUAGCGGGGAGUGGCUUCAGGAUAGUGAUCUACCGAUCAAAUACGCCGGAUACAGCACUUGUUAUAGAAAAGAGGCUGGCUCUCAUGGCCAGGGAGAACAAUUUGUGAUGACAAAACCCGAGGACUCCUGGGAUGCAUUUAAAGAUAUGAUGAAGAAUUCAGAAGAAUUCUACCAAUCCCUCGGGCUCCCAUAUCGAGUUGUCGACAUUGUCUCCGGGGCGCUGAAUAAUGCCGCAUCGAGAAAGAAUGACUUAGAAGCAUGGUUCCCGUCCCAGGGCAAAUACAAGGAGCUGGUUUCUUGCUCGAACUGUACAGACUACCAGACACGGGCACUGGAAAUACGAUACAGACAGAAGAAGGAUCUUGCGGAUGAGAAGGAAUCCGGCGCUGACGAGAAUAAGAAGAUCUACGUGCACGCGUUGAACGCUACACUGUGUGCUACAGAGCGCACGCUUUGUUGUAUCUUGGAAAACUACCAGACUGAAACAGUGAGCCUCCCUCCCUGA